GGAGGAUCAAAAAAGGAAAGGAAUGGAUACAGUUAAAGUCAGCGACAUUUACAAGGGUUAGGACCAGAGGACCAGAGCAUCUCUACCAUCAUUAACUCAGUUAUGGCUUCAGCAUUGUUCUUCAUUCUGCUUUUCUCAGGACUGUGGGCUCUCGCUUUGGGCGCAUCACGUCAUUAUUAUGUGGUGGAAGUGAAAGCAACAUGGGACGAUGCUCAGAAAUGGUGCAGGGAGAAUUACAGUGACUUGGCUACUAUUGAGAAUGAGGACGAAAUGAAUGCUGUAAAAGAGCUUCUCAAGGGGAAAAAGGUCAAAUUCUGGAUAGGACUGAAACAAAACAUGACAUAUUGGAACAUUUAUAAAGAAAGGUCCUGGUUCUGGUCAGAUGGGGCCAGAUUCAACUACACAUACUGGUGUUAUGGAGAACCGAACAAUGAUGAUGAGAAGAGGCACUGUGUGGAAGUCUAUAAAGGAAAUAACACAUGGAACGAUGCAAACUGUGAACACUCAAAUUCAUUUAUCUGUUAUAGAAAACGACCUCCAAUCACUGUGAUUGCUCAGAAUAAGACGUGGCAAGAAGCUCUGAGGUUCUGCAGACAGAACCAUGUGGACCUGCUCUAUAUUUACUCGAAGGAAAUGCAGGACUGGGUUGAAUACGCCACUCAAAACGUCACCACCGAUGUGUGGAUUGGUCUGCGUCACACCUGCGCUCUCGGCUUCUGGUACUGGGUGAGUGGUAAAACCAUCUGCUACCAAAACUGGGCGCCAGGGAACGGAACCGGAGUGGAAGACUGUAAUGGUGUGGAGAGAACUGGAGCUCUGCUGGCUGGAAGUAAGAAGUGGGUCAGUCUGACACAGACUCAAGAACUCAACUUCAUCUGCAUCACCUUCUAGUGGAGAAUUUGGAACUUAACUGGAUUCUCAUCUCUCAGGACCAGACUUUUUACCCUGUUGUUACCUUAUUUCUGUAAUAAAGUACAAUUUAAAGUUUCUUUAUGGUGUUGGUUUAUACUUUUACCUGACUUUACUCAAUAUCUAUUCAUAACCAGAAUGUUAGCUAGUGUGUAAAAGUUUAAUAUGUGUAACUUUAAUUUAGUUUCAUGAUCAGUAAUAUGUUACUCAGCUCUUUUAUGGAGAAUUCAUAUUUUUGAUUUGAUUGGGGUAGUUUGCUACAUUAUGUGAUGAGCAAUUUUCCAGCACAUGUUGCAUUUCAAAAGACUGCUGUAUUAUAAUCUGGCUAAACUUAAACUAAUCAAUAACAAAAUUAAAAACUUUUUUUUAUUACUAUAUUUUUUUGUAGUAAUUACAAUGUUAAUGUAAAUUCCCAUCACUGCUGAUUUGUAUAUUGAUGUUUUUUACUCAAACAAUAACUAGAUAUUCUUCCAUUACUCACUCUUUAUUGUUUGAUACUUAAUCAUUGUAUAUUUUUUAUUCGAGCCUUGUACAUGUCUACAAUCUUGCCACUGACCUCCUUUGACAGCUCUUUGGUCUUUCUCAUGGUCAUGGAGAGGUUUAAAUGGAAGACGCUGAUUCUGUGACUGGUAAAUGGUCUUUAUACACAAAACGAGUUGAUAUUAGGAGCACUUUUCUGAAGUAACACUAUUGAUUUGGGUGUGUGGGCGUCAGGAUUCUUGCUGGUUGGUAUGGAAUGAAAUACGUAUUUUACUUAUAUAUACACAGUAC